GGGUUGAAGAAAUCACGGUGGAUGGUGGGUAGGUACAAAAAGAAAUAUUUUUCAGAGAAAGUUAUCAAGACCUGGAUCAAAAAGAAGUGUCGAUUUAUUCAGAGUUGCAUAUAUGAUCACAGCAUAUUGAUGAACAAUGAGGUGCUGAGGUGGCUGGUGCCCCUGGUUCGCUGGUUUGCCAAGAUGCCUGCCCUGCAGCAUCCACUAUCUCUAGCACCAAGCAGCAAAAAGGAUCUCAUGCUGGACACUGGUCCAAGACCUUUCACAGUUUCAGUGGAGGGAAAUGUUGGCAGUGGCAAGUCCACCUUCCUGAAACACUUCAAAGGAUUGGAGGGUGUCAAUGUUAUAGAGGAGCCACUGGAGAAGUGGUGCAACGUAGAUGGUCACAACCUGCUGGACAAGCUGUACAAAGACCCAAAGAGGUGGAGCUUCCUGUUCCAGUCUUACAUUCAGCUCACCAGGCUGCAGAUUCAUCUGGACCAAACUCCGUGUCGGGUCAAAAUCAUCGAACGCUCGCUGCCCAACAACAGAUACUGUUUCGUGGAGAACGCGCUGGAUAGUGGCGCCAUCUCGGCGGCCGAGCACACCGUACUCGCCGAGUACUACUCGCUGAUGGAGCGGCGGCUCGACAUCGGCGUCGACCUGAUCGUCUACCUGCGCACCACGCCCGAGGUGGUGUUUGAGCGGAUGCGGCAGCGCGGUCGCGCAGAGGAGGCGACCGUGCCGCUCGACUACCUGCGCCGCGUGCACCGCAGCCACGAGCGGUGGCUGACGGGCCCGCGGCCGGCCCACUGGCCGCCUGUGCUCUGUAUUGACGCCGACCAGGAACUGAAGGACCUGCUGGCGCUCUACGACAAAAACAAGGAGCGCAUCACCGGCGGAAAGGUGUAACGGUCGUGGGGGAGCGGCGGGGGGCUGUUUGAGGGCUGUUGACGGUAGGCUGUGGGAGGAUGAGCUGCUCGGGGCUGGGUGGGACCGUAGGGUAUGCGAGCGAUGUGACUACUGGAGGAUGGGUGGGAGGUGGGCGGGAAACUGAGCGAGUGCCUUGUACGUAGUGGAAGAGAGGAACCAGAUAGGCGGAUUGAAAGGGUUAGACUGGCUUCGUAGAAUGUUAAAUACCCCGUUAAAGAGAUAGACCGAAUUAAUCGAAGCUUUUUGCUCAAGUGAAGCGUGUGUUUGUGACUUUUUUGGCUUGUGCCAGAAAACUUGUGCCACUGUGCCUUGGUGUGUCUUCAUAGUGCCGCAGUUCAUAUCCGAAGUCUGGAUGAACGAUGCGAUAGGGAUGGUCCAUUGUCACUGAAACCAGUUCACGAUAUCCGCUCCCAUUUGGCCACUGUGCUUUAGCUUUAAGCUGCUUUUCCUGAGCCGAUUGACUUGCGGUUGAUUUGAAGAAUAGCGCGUUGUGAGGGCCGGAUAAUCGGCCAGGACGCACUUUUCCACCGCAUUUAUGUUAUUUCCUCAUGUCCUAGUUUAAGUCAAAUAGAGAAGCUUUCUUGAUUAGGUUGUUUGUGAUUGAAUUCGUCAUUUAGUGAUGAACUGCAUUUCUAUUUUUUAAUCGAAUCUUAAUCGUUGAACCAUGAAAUUUGCUCAUGGUUGUUUCAUAACUCGAUAUUUGUGAAUGCUGUGAGUCCCUCGGAUGGCGUAUAAUCAAUGGCAUGCCUUUAUCCUUGAAUACAAAUGACAUUUUCGUAAAUAAAAACAAAAAAGUGCGAUUGAUCGAA